UAUUUCAUCACUUCAGUUUGAAAACUUUAGACGUCGGUAGUGCUGUUGUUUUUUCUACCGGAUACUCAAUUCUCCUAUCAAAGUUAUCGUUGUCCUGAAUAACAAGCCAGUUAACUUUAAUAUGUAUAUCGUUUAGUUAUAUUUUGUAAGCCGCGUCAUUUUAAAAGUCAGUUACAUAAAUGGGAAAUUCAAAGUCGAAGAAAGUUCAGAGGGAGCCGGAUAAAUUUUUCGAGCGGGAGCGAUGGAAGGAACAGAGAAGGGAGGAAAAGAAGAAAAAGAACUUGAAUCCUCAGAACAAGAGAACUGCUGUCGUAAAUCCUCCAAUAAACCCAACCAUGGCGUUGUUACCGCCGAGUCAGGGUGCGAUGCCACGACCUCCGCCAUCCCAAAACCUUUCCUACGACGACGAGGCGCUCGACCGCAUGCGUUAUCAACUCAACAAUGAUUGUGACGCAUUUUUGUUAAACAACAUCCUGUUGUCGGUGCAGUUCUUUGAAAAUUAUGAACGGGAAAUGAGUCAUAUCAAGAGCAAUCCUAUAAACGAGUCUCAACAUACUAUGGAUGAAGCUAUGGUACAAUGCCAUAAGCAUGUAUUCUUGGCUGAUAAAAUCCAAGAAUGUGUGCAAGAACACGUUCUAUUCCAAGUGAAAAAAGAUCAAAUAGAACCGCUGGUGGCUCCAAGAUUGUUUAUAAUUUACGAUAACGUAGAGGCAAGUGAACCUGGUGAUACUUCCGAUUAUUGUGCAGUUCUUGAUGCUCCCUUCUAUAAACUGCGUAUCGAAGACUGUAAAGAAUCUGGAUAUGUUAAACUCAAGAAACUAGAAAUUUUAGAAAGCAGUCUCUCCAAAGAAACUGCAUACAAAAUUCAACAACGUGUUAGUUCUGAUGAUAGCAUUUACACGGAUUCGGCAAAAGAGUCAAACGCCUCUGAUGAUAUUCCAUAUUCUGAUAAAAGAGAAAAGAAUUUACAAAAGACAAAGAAUAAAGUAUCUGACACUAACAUUGAUAGUAAGCAAAAGAAUGAUGUCGAAUUUUAUGAUUCUAGAUCAAGAACUUCAGUGAAUGAUGUUGAGAUGAUAAAUAAAUUGUACGAUACGAGCCACUUAUUACCGAAUGGGAAUUCAAGUGUUAUGGAAGUAACUUUUUCAAAACAAAAUGAGUCUGAUGAAUAUGAUAUUAAAGCUAGAAAAUCUAUUUUAAAAAACACACGACGAUACAGUGGUCCAACUAAAGAAAUCGUUAACAAAAGUUUUAGCAACAAUCGUCGUCACACGUCCUUAGAUAAUAUAUUAUCUGCAGAGGAUACUGAAACAUCUGGAUAUCGUUCCAACGCAAGUAGUCGUCAGGCUGAGUCUAGUGAAACUGAAUCUGAUUACGGUUAUGCUACUAUUACUGAAUCUACAACACCUAAAAAAAUAGGACUUAAUAAGAGGACUAAUUACCCACUGGCAUCGGGAGUCUUACCAGAUGAAAGCUGGAUAUCAGUUAAUGUGAAAUCUAUUGAUUGGAGUGAUGAUGAAGAAGGUGAUACAGCUUCAAAGGAAUCUUUAAAUCGAAAUCUAUACGAAACACAUAACUAUCUCGGCUCCAUUGCGUUUAUGGAUGAUUUUGUUAACAAUUUCAUUUUAAGUUUAGGUUCAGGUUUAGGUUUCUCACAAGACACUAUAAAGAAUUCUAUGACACAAGGCGCUAGUAUUUACUGCAAUGCAAUUCAGAAUGGUUUAACUACCGGUUAUGAAGUAUUUCCAGCUCUAAUAGCAGCUUGGCCAAAUUCAGCUAAUCGAUGGAUUAUUAGGGAGAGAAAAAUUAUACAAAAUCCUAGAACAAAUUUUAGUUAUCAGUGGCCUACAAAAUACAUGGUUAACAAAACUGUUGGUUUUGGUUGUUUAUUAGUACCUAUUGGAUUUAGGCCUAAGAGAGGAUUAAACCCGGAGCAACAAGUACAAUGGAAGGUUAUAUUCCCUGCGGCAGAGCGUUAUUUGGAAAGUUGUUUAGCCCAUUCCCAUACACGAUGUUAUCUUUUCACUUUGACAUUAUAUAGGGCUUUUUUAGAAAAUAGUACAUCAAAAAUCGGCAUAAAUGAAAGUCACAUAAAGAACCAUCUAUUUUGGCAAUGCGAAGACAAUUAUGCAAAGUGGCCUGAAGAUAGGCUUGGAGAAUCAUUGCGUUUAUUUUUAGGAAGUUUUUAUGCUCACUUUGGUCAGUCCCGAUUUCCAAAUUAUUUCAUUGAAAGUUGCAAUGAGUUCAAAUAUAUACCGAAACCAUUGUUAUUAAAGCUGCAAAGAAAAUUAGCAGAUAUCCUUGAAAGCCCUGUAAUGCACGUUCUAAAUGCGAUACACAAAUUAAAAUACACAAAAAGAGAUUUUUAUCCCAAAUUUAACUGCCUAAGAUUAUAUGAGAUAUUGACCUGCAAAAAUCCUUUACGUAUACUAAAUCCACAUUUACCGAUUGUCGCACCUUAUAAUGAAACCACUGAUAGUGAAGACGAACAAAUAAAAAAUAUCUGGGAUAGAGCUAAAGCUCAUGACAAACAUUAUCAAUGGAAAAAAGAGAGACAAAGACAAAUGAGAGAAAAAAGACAAUCUAAUAAUGUAUAUAAGAAACAAAGGGGAUCAGGAAAAGCAGAACCAGAAAUUAAUAAAAAUAUAAUAUUGCCAUCCAAAUUACCGUUUGAACGUCGAAGAUUGGUUUUAGAAUUUUUCAUACCUCAUUUUAUUGCAAUGGCACGUUCGAGUGAAAAGUUUGAAGCUCUUAGACAGGCAGUAAUAUAUCUGGAACAAGCUCAAAGAUUGUGCUACCUGUUAAUGGAAGAAGCAUCUGGAGAACUUUCUGCAAAAGAAUUUUUAGAUAUUAUUCGUGACAAGUUAUCCGACUGUCAACAAAAAUUAGUAAAUCAAGAAGGUUACAAAUUUUCAAUAGUAGAGAAAAACAACGCCGAACGAAAGAUGGCAUCUGAUAUUAUCCGUAAACGUCGACCUAGAUGCGAACAUAUUUUAAAUUUGGCGUCACCCAUGGAAGGGUCAAGUAAUACUCCAGUAACAUUUGCAGAAGUCCACGAACAACAUAAAUCUCGAAGAGAUAUUAAAACAUAUAUAGACUAUGAUGGUUCGGAGGAAUCAAAAUUAUAACGAUAGCUAAGUCUCGCGAGUACGUAUUUAAAUUAGCCUAAUGUGUUCGUAACGUCAAGUAAAAUAAAGAAUAA